UAUGGCAAAACAGAGCUUCUGAUCUACUACUACGCAGCAAAGGCCAAAACCAAAAGUGUUGAGCCUUUCCUCUCCAAAGCAAAAAAGGAGUAAACAAAAUAUUUAUAAAUAAAUAAAUAAAAUUGAAUCAAAAACUCGAAUGGCGCUUAAACUGGCAUUCUCUCUUCUUUCAUCAACUCACAGUCUGUGAAAACUUCAAACACUUCCGGCAUUAGGGUUUUUCCGGUUUAUAUAAAUUCAGGGCUUCCUUAAUCCCCCCAAACUUUCCUGAGUGGCCGCCAUUUUAUAGAGGGAAGAGGCCUUCAAAGUUUCAUUCUUUUUUCAUUAAAAAAAAUCUAGUUUACGAGUGGUUUGAUGGAUCGUCUACGCCCAAGACAGAGGGAGAGACUGGUCUUCUCUGGAUUUACAAAAGCUGAGAUUGAGAAGAUGGAGAAAUUGUUAGUCGAAUCAACAGAGCCGCUUCAGAGUAAGGAAUUUUGUCAAAAAUUUGCAAGAAGUUUUAGUGCAUCCUCAGCUCGUGCUGGCAAACCUAUUGUUAAAUGGACUGAGGUACAAAGCUGGUUUGCAGCUAGGCAGAAAGAAAGCACAUCCAAAGCUCCUUCCUUCACCGAUACACCCAAAGAUCAGUCCCCAAUACCUGAAACUUGCCCUCUACACAAUGGACAUCAAGGUUCUCAAAAUCUUAAAGGAAUGGGAGGAAAGAUCCCUGAUCUGUCAGAACUAAAAUUCGAGGCAAAGUCAUCUAAAGAUGGAGCAUGGUAUGAUGUUGAUAUGUUUCUCACUCACCGGUUUUUAAGUUCUGGUGAAGCUGAAGUUCGUGUUAGAUUUGUGGGAUUUGGGGCUGAAGAUGAUGAAUGGGUUAAUGUAAAAAGGGCAGUACGAGAGCGAUCCAUCCCAUUUGAGCAUUCUGAAUGUAAUAAGGUGACCAUUGGAGAUCUCGUAUUGUGCUUGCAGGAGAGAAGAGACCAAUCAAUUUACUAUGAUGCUCAUGUCGUGAAGAUUGAACGGAAAACGCAUGACAUACGAGGUUGUAGGUGUCUCUUUUUGAUCCGAUAUAAUCAUGACAACUCCGAGGAAAGAGUUCGAUUGAGGAGACUAUGUUAUAUUCCAGGCCAACAAAGUAGAUAAUUUGCAGAAUGCUUCUUGAUCUUCUCUUCCAAUCACCAUUUUGCAGUUUUAAUUGUGAUUUUCUGAACAAUAGAAUUAUGAGGAUGUAAAUUGGUUACCGUCAGCAUAAUUGAACCGACGGGAAAUUAUCUCCAUUAUGUAUGGUUGUCUUCGGAACAGUAAUACAGUUUAAACAGUGUUUUCA